AUGGCCCUGAAGCUCGACAUGUCAAAGGCAUGUGAUCGUAUUGAAUGGCCUUUUGUAAGGGCUACUCUCACCUCCAUGGGGUUCCCAGGAAGCACGGUGGAUCUAAUUCUGAGAUGUAUUUCCACGAUCUCAUACAAAAUCCUCAUUAAUGGUCAGCCUAGCAAGAAGUUCACUCCUGAAAGAGGUCUCC